GCCACUCUUGGAUAAACCUGUUGCCAAUUUUGCCCGAAUGGCUUUCUUCUUGUAGUUUCUUUUAGGCCUGGCUUAGCCAAAUUAUCUCCCUGGGCGUUCCAUAUAACGUAGGCAAAAUAGUGCAAAAAACGGAAUUGGAAAUCUGAUUGAACAGAAGCAUGUGCGCAUGCGUCCUAGCUGACACGAAUAGUGUGUAAACAAGGGCGCGCAGUUUAGAAUUCAAGUUAAAGUGGAUCGGAUCGCAAUUGUGGCAAGACGCAGUUUCAAGUUGGCUUUAACCUGAGGAUUAAGUGAAAUGUAGUCGCUCCGGAUAUAAAUGUAAUUCUAUCGUCGAGUUCUUGCAAGUGCCAAGAAAGAAAAUUCUUGGAUCGAGUUGAAACAAGUUGUGUGUUUGAUAGGGUUCUUAAAACGGUUUUACAAACGAGUAUUUUGAUUUGAAAUUGUAAUUACUACGUGUACGCCAUUACGUACUCGUACAUGGGACACAUACAAGCAAACACUUGUAUGUAAUCGCACAAUUGACAGUCUUGAUGUCUGGCUCCGACAAGAUCAAUGGUCAAUGGCCACAGCCAUCUGAGGUAGUUUAAUUCGAGUAGUUGUGUCUUGAUUUCCUGAAGACGAUGCAGCAUGGAUCGACCCGCAUUCAGAAACAGGAAGCUCUGCCAAACGCAAUUUCUGGGCCCGACUCCAGCAACUGGACAGCCCUGCAUGAGGCAGUGGUCGCAGGGGACGACCGGCGCUUGGAGGUUCUCCUGUCCACCAAUGCAGACCGCAUGGCCAAGGAGUCAAGUCUCGGGAACACGCCACUCCAUGAGGCGGCCAGUCGAGGCUUCAGUCGCUGUGUUAAACUGAUUUGCGCACCCCCACCCGCAGCCAAGGGGCAGCCCAAAGAGAAGAGCAGGCUCAAGGCAAGGGUGGCCAACACAAUUGAAGCCCUACACAAUAGCACGUUGGGGGUUGUCAACCACGAGGGUCUGUCGGCCCUGCACUUGGCUGCCCAGAACGGGCACAAUCAGAGCUCCAGGGAGCUGCUGAUGUCUGGAGCCGAUCCUGAUGUGCAGAACAAUUAUGGCGACACGCCCUUGCACACAGCCUGCCGCUAUGGGCAUGCCGGGGUCACACGGAUUUUGCUCUCGGCCUUGUGCGAUCCCAACAAGACGAACCUAAACGGAGACACCGCUUUGCACAUCACCUGCGCCAUGGGCCGAAGAAAGUUAACCAGAAUUCUUCUCGAGGCUGAUGCUCGCUUGGGAAUCAAAAACGCUCAAGGCGAUUGCCCAAUGCACAUUGCCAUCAGAAAGAACUAUCGCGAAAUAAUUGAGAUAUUGAAUACACCGAAGAAAAUCCGAAACCGCAAAGAAAAGCACAAGGAGGGCAGCAGGUCCGACAAGGAUAGGGAUAGGGAUGUAGUGGAUAAGGGCAUUAAUUGGUCGCCCUAUGGCUGCCACUAUUUUCCCGAUCCGCGAGCAUUUCCCUCACCAAAGCUGGAAACCCUUCCAAAAGACCCACUGAAGCCGGGCGAGCAAUAUUUUUUGGAUCUAGCCGGGCACAUACACAAGGGGCCCGUGAGCGUGGGCAACACCUGCUACUGUGGUCCCUUCUUUCGUCACAUUGAAAACAAACUUAACUGCAACCGCAAGAGCCUGAAGAAGUACGUGAACAAGACUAAGGAGCGUUUGGGUCACAAGGUCCAAGCCUUGGCCAUUAAGACAAAUGACCAGAUAGAGCAGCUAACGAGAACAAUGAUCGAGGAUCGGCUGCGCUGCGAGAACAAGAGGCAGCAUCUCAACGAGUUUCUGCGAAGAGGUGAGCCCAUGCGAUCCACAUACGAUAACCAAAACAAAAGUUCAAGGAUCGAGCGGACACUUUCGCGUUGUCGAAGCCUGGAACUGCUCGAGCUAGAGAAAAAUUAUGAAACUGGCAGGCUUACCAACUCCAGAAGUGUGGAUGUCCUGGAGGAUCAGGCAGUAGAAGCUAUUGUUCAUCAAUCACCCGAAGUAGAGCUCGAUAGUGACACAGAUGACGACUCGGAUGCGGCCAGAGAAGAUGCAGCUGUUGAUCUGGCUCCAUGCCGGGCGGAGGCCAAAGAGACGGAAAAAGUCGAGCAUCUGGAGCAUUCGAAGCUCGACGAGUUGAAGCUAGAUUUCCUGAAAGUGUCGGAACGAUUGGGGGUUUUACUGGAGAAAACCACGUUGAUUAUGGAAAGAGAUAGCGAACAGGAGAGCAAACAUCAGCUCUCCUCGCUCUCCCCUCCGUAUAAACCAAGUCCGGGAGCCGACUCAGCCCGACUGCAAGAAGACAAGGAGAGUGUAAACAGCCCCAACUUUGAUGAGUACACGCACGUGUUACGGCGCUAUCCCAACUCCAGUGAGACGUCAAAUCCCUCCCAGAACUCCAACAGUUGGGACUGGCAGGCAUCACCGACCGGCAGUCACCCACCCCCAGGCGACUAUCACAAAUAUUAUCAUCGAAUCGGCCGAGGAGAGAACAUGCUCAACUCCGUGAUCAAGGCAUUGAGAAAAGACGCCUCCUUCGCAGAGCUGAGCAAGGAGGAAGCUGCCCUUAACGAGAGUGUAGACAGAAUCUGUGGCGAUAAGUUAUUGUACAAAGAACAGGCCUGCGAAGUAGCAGCUCUUGGGCAGCCGCACUCCAGCAGUCAGAGAGGGGUCUCAAAUCUAACGAAGAGACAACCGCUCUGUCUGGAGGACAGCUUUCCCACCAUACCGAACAUGUUCUACUCGAACCCCAUUAUGGAGUAUGCCGAAGAAGCGGAGAUCAGGCAGAAUGGCAGCGAGACCGUAAACAAAGUGGAGAUCAGAAACAGCGAAAUCAAAUGCCUCAAAAAGCCCAAUGUGGGCCAGGUCAGAGGCAUGGUGGCCCAACUGCAGAGCACAAUAGACUCUAAUCAACAGCAGGGACAGGAGCAGGACUCACAGCCAGCAACUUUGAUGGCCUCGCGAUCGCCGUCCCAUCUGAACAACAAUUUCCAGCACAUUGAAGCUGCCUCGCUGAACCCAUCACCAACAUAUAGCAUACCCCACAGAAUUGUUCCCCAAUUUGGACUCCCCGACAGACAUAUUCCAAAGGAUGCCUACUUCCAUGAGCUGCCACAUCGCCCCCAGCCCCCGCCGCCUCAGCCACAACCUCAGCACAGGCGGAUCAGCUCUGGCUACGUACCAAAUGGAAAUUUCUAUCGCAAUGAAGAACUCUAUGCGGGAAAAGUGCUCACCUCUCCCCAAUCCAAUAUAUCUAUGAGCGGAGAAUACGUUAAUCGAGCCACCUAUAGGCCUCUACAGUCGCCCCAUUCCCAAGGACUUGCGACGCCUAACCCCAGCAUACAUCCGAUUGCCUGGCAGAACCGCCUGCCACCUGACGAUAUCGAUGUGGAGGAAUUGUCAGCCAUUGGCUUAUACAAUAAUGUCUCGAGUCUGGUUUGAUCAGACAAGGACUAGUUCAAGGACCAAUCGGAUGUAACUUUUCUCUAUUGUACAUAGCUAUUCCUAAUAUAUUUAUCAUAAUUUUAAUCAUAUACUGUACUAAAGCAACAAAUUAAUUUAUUCUCAAUUGUCCAAUCCUGUCCAGAUGGAUUUUAAAAAUAUACACAUAAAUAUUACACGCAAAAGUUGUUGGCAUCUUAUGGGAUUUAUUUGAGUGACUUUGCUAAGUUGAUUAUAGCAGAAUUUUGGCAGCUUCCCAUAAUUACCAUAAAUUAUACUACAGUUAUUAGGAGUAUUUGAAUGAAUGGCGCACUGCCCCAAUUAAUAAAUUCGAAGUAUCCACUUUAGCAAGCA